AUGAAUCUAGGUGAUUUGCUUGGAAAUCAGCGUAAAUCAGAACCUAACGUGGUUCUUAUGAUGCGUCUAUUAACGUUACUUAUAAUUUCAUCAUGUUUCAUCUUGUAUAUCGCGAUGUUAAUAAUUGAUGUGAAUAAUGAACUCCCUAUGAUUAUAACUUCGGAAGAUCCCGUGGAUUCGCUUGCGCUUCCUGAUGUCGUUAUUUCAUUUGAUAAUCCUUUUCGAAUGUAUUGUACUUUCACAUGGACAUAUAAUGAGGUUUCUCAAAAAAUCGAUAAUGAAACUUGUAUGAAUUACGUGACUUCUCCACAAUAUAUUCAAGGGGAAUAUCGAGGUUAUUUUUCUUUAAAUGAUAAUUCAACUUUAUUUACCUUCCCUAAACUUAAUGAAGAACGAUUAGAUAGUCUGUCAUUAACGGUGGUGGUUGAUGAUCCAAAUUUUAAUGCUUCAACAUUUGAUCCUACGCCGCCUUAUGUUUUUAUUUUUGAUUCAGAGAAUAAUCCUAUAAAGUUAUCGGAUGGUACAUUGAAUUUAACAGUGUUAAAUGUCUCUCAAGCAACAAAUUAUGAACGAAAGUUAUUAUUUAGUAAUCGGUUUAUAAUGCCAGAUCGAUUGAUAUUCCCUCUUGAUAUUGGUAUUGAAGUAGUUCAAACCGAUGAUUAUAUUGGUAUUAUCCUAAUCAGACCAAAUUCAUUUGUUAACGUUAUUGAAACUGAACAAAGAUCUAGAACGUACAUGAGCCUUUUUGGAGUUAUCGGUGGUGCUUGGGGGUUAUCAUCAGCGAUCUAUGUAUUUUUAUUUGGAGCAUCGUCAAUCCAUCCAUGGGGAUUUGUACAAUCACAUUGCUGUGGGAUUAAACGAAAAACGCAAAGCCAAUUAAGAGAUUACUUAUCGAUUUUACCAUUAAUCAAUUCGUCUUUAUCCGACCGUAAAAGUAUUACAAAAGAAAUUACCAUGGGGGAAAUGAUGGAAAAAUUAAAUUCUUUAGAAAUUUUAUUAAGAGAGUACGUUAUUGACACAAAAUACCUAAAAAACAUUGAAAAGAGUAGUAUUAAUAAAGAGAUCUAA